UUAACCCACUCUUUUAUGAGUUGUCAUACGUACAUUCUUUACUUUUUUAAUGCUUUAUUCACAGGUAAACUCAAAGUCAACUCAGUGCCUGAGCAGCCAAAGGAGGAAAAAGAAGCUGUUAAGACUUCAGUUCCUGCAACAGAACCAGAGUCAUCCCCUAACACCAUGGUAGAGAAACCUGGGAGGAAAACAGAGCCUGCUAAAAUUCAACAGAAGGACAAAAAGAGUAAAAUGAAGAGGAUGGACAAGUCUGACAACGAGGAGGAAAGAGAGCCCGAAAAUCAAAAGAAGAAGAGGAAGAGAAUCAAACAACUGGAAUCUGACAGCAGUGAUGAGGAAGGUGUCCCAGCAUCUCCCACACUCCAGGAAGAGAAAGCUCCAUCUCCACCACCUCUGGUACCUGCUCUGAAGGCUGAGCUGGAGCCAGCAUCCGCUGAGGCUUCAACUGGGGGAAAGAAGAGGAAACGGAAGCGUGUGCUGAAAUCCAAAAUGUUUGUUGAUGAAGAGGAAGGCUGCAUGGUGACUGAGAAAGUUUAUGAGAGUGAAUCCUGUACGGACAGCGAGGAUGACUUCGCCAAGACCAAGCCACCAGCUGCCCCCAAGCAACCUGCACUGCCUGUGAAGAAGGAACCAAAGGAAGAGAGGAAGAACCAGAAGAAAGGGGCAGCCACCGCCAGCAGGGCCAACAAACAGGUCUCCAUCAUGGGCUUCUUUCAGAAGAAAUGAACUGACUCUUUCCCCCGCUCCCUUUGGCAGCUUGAGAGUGUUGUUCUCUUUGCGUGGCUCUCUGAAAGCUGCUGCACAGGAGGAGGACAACAUGCAAUCUUCCAUUACGUAAGAUAUCUUGCUUACUGUGUAAGUAAGCCCUUUGGACUACAUUUUGUAUUGGGAAGAAGUUUUAUCUGUUCCUGCAAUAACUUCGGUCUUCGCUAUUAAGCUGUGUGAAAAUCACCACCUGGAUGCGACAUCUGGACUGAACUCUUGAAAGACUGUUCAUCUAUUUACAUGACAUUUUAUUUUCUUUUUUUUUAAGAUGGCCUUUUAGCAGCUUGGUGUUAAAGGCCCAUUCCACAAGUGGUAGAAUGGACUCCACUGGGAGUCAAGUUCUGGCAUCAUCUUUUUUUUUUUUUUCCCUUUUGUUUUCCCCCUCUCCCCCCCUGUUUUUACACUCUCAGCUCUCCACAUUGAUCCAAACGUUCACGUUGGUGAGAAGCUGCAAUGUAGCAGGUCUUCAGGCACACACACACAGAUACUGAACAUCUGCUUCAGCUUCAACUGAAUGAAACAAACUUAAUUUUCCCCGUGAGGCUGGUAAAUAGUUUUUGCUCUGCCUUUCGUAACCUUCUUUUGGACAAAGCAGCGCAUAUAAAAUUCUCUUACCCUUUUCUUCCUUGAGCAUAUCCUCUGUAAAUUGCUCAGAAGCCUAAUUAUAGAGCCGGGCACUGGUGGUGCUCUGUCUCUGCAAAAACAUCUUAAAGGCUUCCCACACAAUUGGCUCUGGUGGAACUGGGGGAAGGCUGUGCUCUUAUUGGGAAAGCAGCGGUAUCUGUAACCUUGAAAGUUAACGAGUCAAAGGGGGGAGAAGGGUGUUCAGAGGGCUCUCCUGGUAGACCAAGGUCAGGUGUCCUUGUCUGUGAGGAGCUGCACGCAGCUUUGUGUUUUUGUUGGGCCUGCUUUGCUGCUGAAGUGUUUUACAGGCACAAACCAGACACCAUCGAGUUGUUUUCUAGGACAUCUCGUCAGCUGCCUCUGGAGGAAGUGUUGCAGCAAAUGGUUCUGAGAAACCAGUUAUUGGAGGUGAAGAAAGCACUGCAGACCCGUUGAUUACAAAUAACUCCUCCAUUUGGAUGCCUUCUGUCAUUUGGUGCUAAGAUUUAUAUCGUAAAAGAGGUUUUCCAGAGGAUGGGUGCUCAGCAUUUCUGAAACUUGGCUGGUGAGGUCUCAGGUGGGCAACUGAUGUGGUCAGCAGUUGUUUCUGGGUGUUGUUAGGCUGGUGUUUAUAUUGCUGUGUACUUACAUAGUGGUAUACGGAGGUGUUUGAGGUGGCACAGAGGUCUGAAGAGUGUAAACCAAAGGGGAGAUGUCUUUAGGCAGACAGCUGGAAGUAUUCUGAGCUCUGGAUAGCAAGAGGACCAACUCAUCGAUUAUAAUGGCAAUCAUUCUGGCUGAGUGAUCAAGCUGGUGGCUCUCAAAAUGGGAAUGCACACCUAAUAGUUACACUUGGAUCAGCCCAAGCAGCUUGGACCCUCAGCAGAUGGGAGAGGAUCUCCUUAAACAGCCCUUGUGCCCAUGGCUGAUCCUGGCUAGAUGGGUUUGGCUGCUUAAUGGAUGGAUCACUGCAAGUGGAGGAUUGAGGGUAACCUCGCGCUCCAGCAUCCUCAUCAUGCAGCUCUGGGCUCUCCAAACUGGAAGCUUACAGGAAAAAUAAGGGUAAGAGGCAGGAGGGCAGGCAGAACUGGCACCAGCACCCAACCAGAGCCAACUGCACAGCUGGAGGAGGUGGGAUGCUUUCAAGGUAUGUUUUAGGGAUGUGUGCAGCAGAGAUCCAUGAGGUCAUGAAGGACCUCAUUUGGGAUGGAGGCCACCACUUAGUGUGUUGCUUUUCUUGGUGGAGUCAGGGGUAUAUUUUGAAAAGUAAUAAGUCACAAAACGUUAAGUACAGAUUUUUCUUGUAUUUUUUUUUAUUCAUUAAAAGAUGUGCUCCAUCCUGA